CGACUGGGGUCGGCACCAGUACACAAAUACAAAGCAAACUAUAAGGAAGUUAAGUGAGGAGUUAUAAGUUAAAACAAACACAAUGCCUGCCAUUGGUAUUGAUCUUGGAACAACAUACUCUUGUGUUGGAGUAUGGCAACAAGGGAAAGUCGAAAUCAUCGCAAACGAUCAAGGCAACAGAACAACACCCAGCUAUGUUGCCUUUACCGACACCGAGCGACUCAUUGGAGACGCAGCUAAGAACCAGGUUGCGAUGAACCCAGCAAACACAGUCUUCGACGCCAAGCGACUCAUCGGUAGAAAGUUUGACGAUCCAAAAGUUCAAAGUGACAUGAAGCACUGGCCUUUCAAGGUUGUCAGCGAAGGAGGUAAGCCUAAGAUCCAAGUUGAGUUCCGCGGCGAAGUUAAAAGAUUCAACCCAGAGGAGAUAAGUUCGAUGGUCCUUACGAAGAUGAAGGAAAUCGCCGAGGCCUAUCUCGGACAGAAAGUCAAGGACGCGGUUAUCACAGUACCAGCAUACUUCAACGAUUCACAGCGUCAGGCCACCAAAGAUGCGGGUGCUAUUGCUGGACUUAACGUCCUCAGGAUCAUCAACGAGCCUACAGCCGCUGCUCUGGCAUAUGGUUUGGACAAGAACCUGAAAGGUGAAAAGAAUGUGCUAAUAUUUGAUCUCGGAGGUGGUACCUUUGACGUUUCCAUCUUGUCAAUCGACGAGGGAUCACUCUUCGAGGUUAAAUCAACUGCCGGUGACACACAUCUUGGUGGAGAAGACUUCGAUUCACGGUUGGUAGACCAUCUGUGCAAGGAGUUCGAGAGGAAAUACAGGAAGAACCUAAAGAGCAAUCCAAGAGCGUUAAGAAGACUGAGAACAGCUGCAGAACGUGCCAAACGUACACUGUCAUCCAGUACCGAAGCAACCAUAGAAAUUGAUGCUCUCUACGAGGGUAUUGAUUUCUACACCAAAGUUUCAAGAGCACGUUUCGAAGAACUCUGCGCUGAUCUCUUCAGAUCCACGCUGGAACCUGUGGAAAAAGCACUUGCUGACGCUAAGCUUGAUAAGAGAUCCAUUCAUGACGUUGUCCUCGUGGGAGGUUCCACUCGCAUCCCGAAGAUCCAGUCGAUGCUGCAGAACUUCUUCUGUGGAAAACAACUAAAUCUGUCCAUCAACCCCGACGAGGCCGUAGCUUACGGUGCAGCAGUGCAAGCAGCCAUCUUAACCGGUGAGGGAGACAAGAACUCAACCCUCCAGGAUGUUCUUCUUGUUGACGUCGCUCCGUUGUCUCUGGGUAUUGAGACCGCAGGUGGUAUGAUGACCAACAUCAUUGAGCGCAAUGCUCGCAUACCCUGCAAACAGUCCCAGACAUUCACUACGUACGCCGACAACCAACCUGGCGUGAGCAUCCAAGUCUACGAAGGAGAACGUGCUAUGACCAAGGACAACAACUUGCUUGGUAAAUUCGAACUAAGUGGAAUAGCACCUGCUCCACGUGGUGUACCGAAGAUCGACGUCACCUUCGACAUGGACGCCAACGGAAUCCUGCAUGUAACAGCAAAGGACACCGCCAGCGGUCGUAGCAAUGAUGUCCGAAUCACCAACGACAAAGGACGUCUAUCAAGGGAGGAGAUCGACCGCAUGCUUUCUGAAGCCGAACGUUACCGCGACCAAGACCAACAACAGCGGGACAAAGUCGCAGCUCGCAACCAACUUGAGAGCUACGUCUUCUCAGUUAAGCAAGCGAUCCAGGACAGCGGAUCCCGGUUGACUCAGUCUGACAAAGACCGGGUCACUCAGCUCUGCGACGAUACCAUCCAUUGGCUCGACAACAACACCUUGGCCGAGCAGGAAGAAUACAAACAUAAAUUGGAUGAGCUUCAGAAGCAAUGCUCACCUAUCAUGACCAAACUCCAUCAAGGUCCGGGUCACAACGCUGCGGGUCCUCAGGAUUGUGGAGCACAAUAUCGCCAAGACAACAACUACUCUGGCCCAACGGUUGAAGAAGUUGACUAAACAUCUAAACAUUCCCAAAGAAACCAAAACCAAAACGAACAAACAAGAUGUAAAUAAACAAAACGUGAUAUUGAAACUCCCAAGACUGGUACUAGGAUGAAUAUGACAGCAAGUGAACGGUGUAUUUUUAUUCAUAGAAAAAUUUGUAGAAUUGCUGGUUAGUAAAAAAUUAAUUGCAGGUCUCUGCAGUUAGUUUUUUAUUCAAGUGGUAGUUGGACAAGUUUAUCUAUGAGUAAAUUUUUAAAUGUCAUCAUUCAGUUGAGUCACUCGUUGUCAUAUUCACCCUAUCUUAAUUUAAUUAUAACUUAUUUUAAUUAAUGUAAGUUUUUUUUUUUUUUUUUACUGAUAACGUACGUUGCGAACAAUAGAGUCAAAGACCAUCAUUGACUUGUAAAAAGAAAUAAAAAUAAAUUAAUUUAUUUUUUUUAUAAUAAA